UCCUUGAGCCACACUGAGGGAGGAAAAGCUUUAGGCACUGACUGAACCUGGUGUGGAUGGAUGGUGCUCCUUUGCUAGAAUUCCUGGGAACUGCCUCCACCAGAAGCCUUUUCCCCCGCAGGCAGCCGGCCUUCAUUUCUUAUGUAAGCAGCUACGCUCUUCCCUUCUUUCACGUGGAUGGCAUUCCCAGGGUUGGGAGCUGAUGCGGAAGGAUCCUGCCUGUCCAGCGAGAGUUUGCUGCUCCUGCAGCUGAUCCCUGUCUCCCCUGGGAUUCUCCUGGGGUUCGAGCUCAGCGCGGUUUAGCUCUUGCAACUCGCACGGGGUUCUGACCAAGCCGGACUUGGUUCUCAGAUUUCAGGGCUCUCCUUCCUCCCAAAGCCGUGUUAAAUCCCGGCUCUGCUCUUAGGAUGCUGUUGUGGCCAAACUGAGACAACGUGAGAAGGGGGAGGCGACGGCUUUUCUUGGAUAAACUGGUCCCAGUGGGAAUAAGCAGAGACUUUGUCGCUGACUGCUGCCAUCGCAUGUGGGACAUGAACCACCUGGAUGAAGGGGUGGAGUUCCUCCCUGCCAUGAACUCCAAGAAGGUGGAGAAGCGUGGCCCGAAGCGACACGUGGUCAUCACCGUCCUGGUCGUGGUUUUCCUGCUCGUCUCUCUCACCACUGGCCUCCUGAUUUGGCACUUCAAAUACAGGAACGCGCCCGUCCGGAAGGUUUUCAAUGGCCACUUGCGGGUUCUGAACUGGGAAUUCCUGGAUGCCUACGAGAACUCCAGCUCUCCAGAGUUCAGCAUGUUGGCCCAAAAGGUGAAGAGCACGGUGGAGGAGAUAUACAGGAAUCAUGCAGAUAUUGGCCCUUACCACAAAGAGACAGUGAUCACUGCCUUCAGCGAAGGCAGCGUCAUUGCCUACUACUGGUCCGAAUUCCUUGUUCCCAAGUACCGGGAGCAGAGCCUGGACAGGGCGAUGGCCGACAAGCAGAGCCUGGUGCAGAGGUGGAACCCCCGCCUGCGAAACCCCCUGCUGAAGGUGGAGUCGGUCAUCGCUUUCCCUGUGGACCCCAGCAUAGCUCACUCGGCCCGAGACAACAGCUGCAUGUUCUCCCUCCAUGCCGAGGAAGGGCAGGUCACCAGUUUCACCACGCCGGGCUUCCCCAACAGCCCGUACCCCAACAAUGCCCUCUGCUACUGGGCACUGAGGGCAGAUGCCAGCUCCAGGAUCAGCCUCACCUUCAAGACCCUGGAGCUGGAGCCCUGCAGAGAUGACAGUGACUACAUCAAGGUCUACGACUCCCUGAGCCCUGUGGAGCCCCACGCUUUGGUCAGGCUUUGUGGGAAUUACGCCCCAUCCUACAACCUGACCUUCCUGUCCUCCCAGAACGUCAUGCUCAUCACGUUGGUUACCAACAAGGAGGGGCGAUUCCCUGGCUUUAAGGCUGAGUUCUUCCAGCUCCCAAAGAUGAAAGCCUGUGGUGGGACCCUGAAGGGAGAGAGCGGCACCUUCACGACUCCCUAUUACCCGGCACACUACCCCCCAGACACAGACUGUGUGUGGAACAUUGAGGUUCCCUCUGUAAAGAAUGUGAAGGUGCGUUUCAACAUGUUCUUUGUGCUGGAGCCCGGGAUCCCCGUCAGCUCCUGCACCAAGGACUAUGUGCAGAUCAACAGCACAAGGUACUGUGGGGAGCGCUCCCAGUUUGUGGUGGCCAGCAGCACCAACAAAAUCCAGGUCCGGUUCCACUCAGACCAGUCCUACACGGACACGGGCUUCUCUGCAGAGUACCUGUCCUACGACUCCAGCGACCCCUGCCCUGGCAAGUUCACCUGCAACACGGGUCGCUGCAUCGACCGGAGCAUGCGCUGUGAUGGGUGGCUGGACUGCGUGGACGGCAGCGACGAGAGAUCCUGCAGCUGUACUGAGCAGCAGUUCAGGUGCCAGAAUGGUUGGUGCAAGCCCAAGUUCUGGGUCUGUGACAAUGUGAACGACUGUGGUGACAACAGUGACGAGCUGCAGUGCAGCUGUGCAGCCGACAGCUUCAAGUGUGACAACGGGAAGUGUGUCCCCAGCGCACGGAAGUGUGACGGGAAGGAUGACUGUGGGGACGGGAGCGACGAGGGCAGCUGCAGCACAGCAGGUCAGACAACAGUGCCCUGCAAGGAGUACACGUACAAGUGCCGCAGCGGGCGCUGCAUCAGCAAACAGAACCCUGAGUGUGACGGGGAGCAGGACUGCGAGGACAACUCUGAUGAGGACAACUGCAACUGCGGGACCCGUUCCUACGUCAGGAAGUCGCGGAUCGUCGGCGGGCAGAACUCGGAUGUGGGAGAGUGGCCGUGGCAGGUCAGCCUGCACGUCAAGGGCCAGGGCCACAUCUGUGGGGCUUCGCUGGUCUCGGAGAGCUGGCUCGUGUCAGCAGCUCACUGCUUCCUGCCCCUGCAGGGCAUCAGGUACUCAGACCCCAGCCUGUGGACAGCCUACCUGGGCCUGACCGACCAAGGCGACCUCAGCAGCCCCAACGUGCAGACACGGAAGAUCAAGCGCAUCAUCUCCCACCCCUUCUUCAACGACUACACCUACGACUACGACAUCGCCGUGCUGGAGCUGCAGAGCCCCGUCACCUUCUCGGCCGUCGUCCAGCCCAUCUGCCUGCCCGAUGCCACCCACAACUUCCCUGUGGGCAAGGACCUGUGGGUGACUGGCUGGGGAGCGACUGCGGAAGGAGGCACUGGAGCCUCCAUCCUGCAGAAGGCAGAGAUCAGGCUCAUCAACCAGACUGUGUGUAACCAGCUCCUGACGGACCAGUUGACGCCACGUAUGAUGUGUGUGGGGAUCCUGACUGGGGGUGUGGAUGCCUGCCAGGGAGACUCCGGGGGCCCCCUGGUCAGUGUGGAGCCCAGCAGUCGGAUGUUCCUGGCCGGAGUGGUGAGCUGGGGGGAUGGCUGUGCCCAGAGGAACAAGCCUGGAGUGUACAGCCGGCUCACCAGCCUGCGAGACUGGAUCCAGCAGCACACAGGCCUCUAGGGAUGGAUGGAUUCCUACCUGGACACCUCUUGGACAGUACUGGCUGCCACUUGGCACUGCCAGCUAUGCACAGCCUCUACUGUGAACUUCAACCCUCCCUCUACCUCGCUGCGAGCGCCUGGGACUCCCUGUGCACCAGAGCUGAUGGUUUGGUUCAGUCCUUAGUCUUCCCAACUUAGAAAUUCAUGUUUGGAGAAGUUUUUCCCUUGGUGGGUAAGCUAGUGCAGCUCCCAUGAACAACCUGAACGAGCCAUCAUUCAAGAUUACGUAUAAUAAUAAACUUAAGAAAUAAUAAAAAAAAAAAUUAAAUUUAAAAAGAAGAAAAAAGAGACAAACACUUUUUGUUUAGAGGUGAACUUUAUUGGACAGGUUCAAAAACAUGCUUUCAGAAUAUAUUCUAAGUCCUGCAUUUGUUUUCAAAUGGCCAUCCACACUGUGGUGUUCAGUCAUGGGGGGUGGAGAAGGGAGGUCUUACCAUCAUUUUAGGGGGGUCCCCUUCUUGUCCCAUGCUGUGGUCUUCUCCUCUGUCCUCUGUCCAACUCAGCUUCUGGCCUGGCUGAGUCCAGGGCUGGAGGCCAGAAAGAGAGAACCCAUCACUCACCCUGAGGGAAGCCAUGGGAAGAGCUGCUUGCACAGAUGGAGACCCCAGGGCCAUUGGCAUCACCACACUGUGCCUUAACUCCACUCUGGGCUGAGCUGAUGCAGCUUCUGCUGAGCUCCAGGUGCCAGAAGUCAUGGUGGAGAGCACAGGGGCUGCACUGAAUCCGUCCUGGAGUGCUCCCUGCAAGGACAACAUGGGUCACCUGUGCCCACACCAGCCUUACACCCAUCCUACUUUUGUAAAGAAAAAUGUGACUUGUGAAUGUGCUGAUUUCCUUCCUCUCUCCUGUGUAGCCUGUUCCUUGCUCCAGCAGAGCACACUCCAGUUGAGUUGAGUUAGUACCUUCCUCACCUGUAAAUACAUUGUUUUGUAAAACUCUCUGAAGUGAGAUGCUCCAAUAAACUGGGAUAUUUUCUA